GGUUGCUCAUAGAGGUUGUGUAGUCUCCGUCUUUGGAAUUAUUGAAACCUUGACCGGUAGGGGCUGUGGGCAGUCUGCUCUGCUUACCCUGCUAGACCUGGGGUUGGGCUCUGCCCACUAGCUUCAGCUCUUUUAUACAUUUGGCUCAUGUUGUGUGAACAGAAACUAGCACAUUCACAUUAUAAACUGGAUGCUCUUCAUUAUUGUGGUGACAUAUGCACCAGCACAGGAUUAAGAAAAGAUCCAGGGUGCAGACUGAAGGCAGGAAGUGUAUUGACCUAGUGACUGUUACCUUCUCCAGCUGCCCGCACCUCUUACCCUUCCUGGGGCCAGGAAGGCAGGACUGGGGAUGUGUUGUAUGCCUUCUGCACAAGGCGAUGGCUGCUCAGAAGCCCCAGCAGCAACCAGAAUGUGCCUUGCAUCCAAAAUUGAAUAGGGAAGGAUCUUUCGUGAAUUUUCAGCUGAGUUGUACCAAGACAUAUACUGUGUUAAUAAACAGGCUAGGUAGCGAGUACUACUCUGAUAAAACUUUGGCUCAGAGGAAUGGAAGCCAAUAUGGAGAGAGACGGGGCUGUCUCAUAGCCAGGUGGUGCUUGCCUGCUAGCUUGGAAAUGGAGCUUGCCUGUGAAACUGCUUUCUACCUCAGAAGGGAUUAGGGAAGAUGGGAGGUUCCUUUACGAUGUUGUCUCUGUGGGCUGACCCCUUUUUAAAAAUUAAAAAAAAACACCUCUUUUUUUUUAAAACUUGUACCAUUUCCCAGUUCAUCAACCAGAGGGGCCUGGACAGGCUGGAGAAGUGGGCCUGUGAGAACCUCAUGAGGUUCAACAAGGCCAAGUGUAGGGUCCUGCACCAGGGUCGGGGCAAUCCCCUUUUCAGUACAUGAUGGGGAAUGACAUGAUUGAGAGCAGCCUUGCAGAGAAGGACUUGGGGGUGCUGGUCGAUGAGAAGCUCAACAUGAGCCGGCAGUGUGCGCUCACAGCCCAGAAGGCCAACCGUAUCCUGGGCUGCAUCAAAAGAAGCGUGGCCAGCAGGUCGAGGGAAGUGAUUCUGCCCCUCCAUUCCUCUCUUGUGAGACCUCAUCUGGAGUAUUGUGUCCAGUUCUGGAAUCCUCAACGGAAGAAGGAUAUGGAGCCAUUGGAAUGGAUCCAGAGGAGGGCUACAAAGGUGAUUGGAGGGCGGGAGCGCCUUCCCUAUGAGGACAGGCUGAGAGAGUUCGGCUUGUUCAGCCUGGAGAAGAGAAGGCUCAGAGGAGGUCUUAUAGUGACCUACCAGUACCUGAGGGGGCCUGCAGGAAAGCUGGAGAGGGGCUAUUUGUAAAGGCUUGUGGUGAUAGGAUGAAAGUGCAUGGGUAUAAACUGGAGAGGGGCAGAUUUAGACUAGACAUCAGGGAGAAUUUCUUCACUAUGAGAGUGGUGAGACACUGGCACAGGUUGCCCAGGGAGGUUGUGGCUGCCCCAUCCCUGGAGGUGUUCAAGGCCAGGCUGAAUGAGGCCUUGGGCAGCUUGAUUUAGUGGGAUGUCCUGCCUAUGGUAGGGGGUUGGAACAAGAUCAUCUUUAAGGUCCCUUCCAACCCUAACGAUUCUGUGAUUCUGUGUGGUGGUCCUUCUCUGGGUCAUGCCUUCACUCUGAGUCUUUGGGUCUUGGAAGCCCUUCUUCUGCUCUCCUGUCAUCAGGGCUCUGUGGGGUGUACCCCACUGCUUCUUGGGCCUUUUCUUCUUCUCUUGCUUUUCUGUCUUGCUGUGCGCUGACUAUUUCUGGUAUGGUGACCCCUCUCUCUGUGGCCUGUGCAUGGCACCUGUUAAAGACCAUUGGAAAAAUGACAAGUGGUCCUUGUCUCAGUGUUGGUCUCCAGUUUUCCUGCCUUACCAGAACUUUGCUCUUUCUGUGCUCUUCUUCACUUUGGACACCAGAGGUAUUACUCAAGUUAUCUCCCUGCAUUAUGAGCUCUGUAAACUGGCUUUUGAAUGGCUCAGAACCAUCAAGGCUGAGGUUAGUAGCUGCUAGUCCGCCUUGUUAGGCUAAAAUAAAUACCUGGGAGUAGUUCCCAGGCAGUACAGAAUGGUUUUGCUCAGGAGAACAUUGGGCUGACUUUUGCAGUGUUUCCUUUAUCGAGGAUGAUGGCUGGUGCAGAAACAGAUGGAGUUGCUAGCUGCAUGGCAGGCCAUGAGAAGAUGUGUGUAUGCUAAGACAGGGUGGUGUCCCCACAAGGCCCAAAUUCUCCUCUGUGGCACUUUCAGUGGGUUACUGCAACCAUCUCUGCGUCCUGGGAAACACAGAAGGUCAUGGCCUUCAGCAGAGGCUCUGCAAAGUGCUGCUUGGAAAUUUGUCUCAUGUAACUGAGUAAUAUUUAAAAAUAUAAUAAAGUAGUAAAAUUGUAACCCAGAAUGUGCUUCCUGCUGUGUUUUCUUUGGAAGUCUGCAGCACAUAUGCCAGCUAUGCAAUAUGCAUGUGUGUUUGGUUUUUGUUUGGUUUUUAAAUGUGAGUAGAAUUAUUUGUUUGAAGGUAUUUUCCAAAUCAAAGUGAAGGAUUACUUUUUAUUAUGUGAGUGGUUACAAGCAGACUGGGUAGGGAAAGGACUGUGACACCCCCUAGGGGGGUAAAAGCAAUGGUAUUCCAAACCUUUUGCUCCUCUCCUUAGCUGUAUUAAAUAUAAUACCUUGUAUGCCACCUGUGUUUAGUUAUCUGCUACAGCAGUGUCAGUGGGAUCUCAGAACUGAUCCAGAAAGGCAUCCUGCUGGCUAAAAUUUUGAUUGAUGCGAGUCAUCAGCUCUUCUGGAGAGGCUACGGCAUAGUCUCCUGGCGUGCUUUGCAACGUCUUCAGUAGGUGCUGGGUGCUAUGGCUGGCAGGGAUGCUGUCUGGCAUUGAUCCUGGGAGCAGCUGCUGGAGGUUGAGGUGAAGGCCAUGCUCAUUGAGUGCCCUCUCUGCUGCUCUCCACUGGGCUGUCUCCGAAACACUGGCUGUCAGCAGCUUGGCUGGGCUGGCAGCUCUCUGAGGAAGAGCUCUGCAUGGGUGUUCUAUGGAAGUCUGCACAGAGGGAGUGGAGUAGGGAUGGGUGACUCUAGGCAGAGGUUUUCCUGCUGCCUGCUGUUGGAAAAAGAGGCAUAUAUCUUCAUAUCAGCACUUGAGGCAGAGCUUCCAGAGCAGCUUUCAGCCCUGCGCUGGUGUGUGGGCUGCCUGCUGCUUACCACAGGACCACAUGCACAAACUUCCAUGCAGAGACUCGCUGUGGCACAGGGCUGUUACUGUGAUCUCAUGGUAUUUUUAAGAAUAUCUGUCCAGGCCCAAUUGGCUUUGAUGGAAGGCAAAUGACUUGGUCGUGACCUAGGCAGUGAGCCUCGUGGAGCUGCGCUGGAUGUGGGCUGUGGUGGUAUGUGGUGACCUCGCACGUGUCUGAUGUUGUCUCCUGGUGUGGAUUUCCUCCUUGUGCUACAGAAAGGCGCUCUGUUUGGCACACAGGCAUCGGGCGCUUCCUGGCCCUGGUGCACCUGGGAGGGAGUGGUUGGUGUGAGCAGUGCCAGACAGAGCUGGGCAGACAGGCAGUGCAGCUGCCCCAGCAGCAGGAGUAAAGAUGGAGAGCGAGGGGGCAGAUACCCCAGGGAUGAGUGGUACAGGCGCAAGAGGGGGGCAGAGCUUCUCUCCAAGUGCUGCCGAAAGUUGCUUGGACUGCGAUGAGGAGCCUCUUCUCAGAAAAAAUCCCCGCCGGUUUGUCAUCUUCCCCAUCCAGUACCCAGAUAUAUGGAAAAUGUAUAAGCAGGCUCAGGCCUCCUUUUGGACUGCAGAAGAGGUUGAUUUGUCAAAGGACCUUCCUCACUGGAACAAGCUGAAAGCAGAUGAAAAAUACUUUAUCUCUCAUGUUCUGGCAUUUUUUGCAGCCAGUGAUGGAAUUGUAAAUGAAAACCUGGUGGCACGUUUUAGUCAGGAGGUGCAGAUCCCAGAAGCUCGUUGUUUCUAUGGCUUUCAGAUUCUCAUUGAGAACGUUCACUCAGAGAUGUACAGCUUGCUCAUAGACACCUACAUCAAAGAUCCUGAGAAGAGGGAUUUCUUAUUUAAUGCUGUUGAAACAAUGCCUUGUGUCAAGAAGAAAGCUGACUGGGCUCUGAAGUGGAUUGAAGACAGAGAAUCCACUUUUGGUGAGAGGGUGGUUGCCUUUGCUGCAGUUGAAGGCAUCUUCUUUUCGGGCUCCUUUGCUGCGAUAUUUUGGCUGAAGAAGAGGGGCCUGAUGCCUGGACUGACUUUCUCCAAUGAACUUAUUAGCAGAGAUGAGGGUCUACACUGUGAUUUUGCUUGUCUAAUGUUCCAUUAUUUAGUGAACAGACCGUCAGAAGAGCGAGUUCGUGAGAUCAUCGUUAAUGCUGUUGAAAUCGAGCAAGAAUUUCUAACUGAGGCGCUACCUGUCGGUCUGAUUGGAAUGAAUUGCACUUUGAUGAAGCAAUACAUUGAAUUUGUUGCAGAUCGGUUACUAAUGGAGCUUGGGUUCUCAAAGGUCUUUCAUGCAGAAAAUCCUUUUGAUUUCAUGGAGAAUAUUUCUCUGGAAGGAAAAACAAAUUUCUUUGAGAAGCGGGUUUCAGAAUAUCAGCGGUUUGCUGUUAUGGCAGAAACAAUGGACAAUGUCUUCACUCUGGAUGCAGAUUUUUGAUGACUUGACAAAUGAACAGUGACUGGUUCCCCUCUUCCCAUCUCACUUUCUGUUGUGAAGUUGUCUCCAUUUCCUCUCCUGGAAUUAGAGUCUACUGGGAAUUUUUCCUGGGUUUUCGUAUUGUCUAUCUGGAGAACAAAUAAAUCUUGCACUGUGUCAUUUGGAAAAAAAAAAAAAAGGGGGGUCCUUUUUGAAAAAUUUAGAUGGCUUUUUAAAAGGGUGGCCUUUUUAAGAUUCCCUUGACUCGUCUGCUGUGAUUGCUGUCUUUAAAAAUGACCUGGAUACUACUGCUUUUUUAAAGACCUUGGUAGUGUUUUAAGCAAGCAAGUUGUGUAUUUACCUCAUGUUAUGUUAUUUUAAUCUGAGAACCAGAUGAGGUAUCACUCUAUGUGUAUAUGUUGCUAUAAAUUAUUUUCAUGGUUUCUGUUUUCAUGUUUAUAUUUCUGAUGUAUACUAGAAGCUCUUCCCUUUCAUCCUGCUGCAGAUAGAGUAAUAGAGGAAUGUAGAAGACAUUAAUAAAGUAUAAAUUAUAAAAUCUUAUUAAACCCAGGGAUACAGUUGGAUCUCCCCAUUAAUCUCGGUUCUGUCUGAGAACAUUUUCACUUUGGCUGCAAAGCCGAUGCCUUUUGGUAGGAGUUUAAAUCAAAUAUGUAUGACUUUUGUUUUACAGCUGUUAGUAAGCAGGUGAGUGAACCUUGAAUGUUCCCUGAUAAGGCAAGCCUGUUAACAGUGGAGAAAGAACACAUCCUGCAGUUUCUUUUUUUGUCUUGUGCUGCCUGUUUUUCCCUGCUUCUCUGAACAAGUGCCUUAUUAAACAAUCUGGAGUUGCACUGAGUUGUAAUUGGCAUCCGACACUGGAACAGCCAGCUCUGGGUAUUGUCUGCCUUCCCUCUGUCGUGGUGGGUGAUCUGUUUUUCUCCCCUUCUUGGUUUUGCUUAUGCAUUGAUGGGGUGAGAAGGCAUAUCAUUGUGAGGGAUUAUCCCUUGAGGUGCUACAAACAUACUACUUGGGCUGUAUGUAAGGAAGCACUGGUAAUGUAUUUGAGUUGUAUGUUUAAUACAAACCAUUGAAAACGUCACAGAAGAGGAGGAAGGUAUUAAACUUUAAUCAAAUCUUGAAGUGGUAUGGAUGAGCAGCGUCUUAAUGGACUUCUGUUUGUUUUCUGGUGUGUUCCAGUGUGUGCCUGAAAACUUUUUUUAAUUGCUUGAUAUCACAUGCAGUGAGCGGAGCAAUUGAAGAAUGCCUGACAUACUACAGUGGUAUUUGGGGUGGAAGGGAUACAGUUGACUCGUAGGUGUGCAAACAGAUAUGCUCAUUAUUCUCAAAGGUGAAGUGAAUGUGCAAGAGCUAAGCAAAGUAUUCCACUUUACUAAAUAUACAAGCAUUUUUUCACAACAUUCAGCAAUUUGUAUAAGAGGUUUUAUAAGUCUUUCUUAUUGUUGCAGACAUCUUGUGCUGCUUUCCGUAUGCCUGGCUUGUGAUGAGCUGAUAGUCCAGGAUUAUCGGUGAUGGGGUGGUAUAAGUGUUAUUUCCCUGCCAGCCCAGAUCAGCCAUAGUCUUGAGUGUCUGAGUUCCAUGAAAUAAAUCCACCGCCUUAGCAUAGUUCCUAGUGAGCAAGUGUCCCUGGUGUAAAUAUAAGCAGCAAAACUGACUCUUCUAGUUUGGUCUCAGUAAAAGAUCAUGAAGUUCAUAAAAAGCAUGGAAACAGGGCAGCUUUUUGUUUUCCUUAGAGAAGAGCCUACAUCAUUUGACAUAAGGUACUUGAGGAGUGCAGAAGGGGACCUGGGGAGUACAGAGAAAAACUGGAAUCGGUGUCACUUAUUAACGUUCUGCAACUGCAGGAGAAUAUGAUCUCAGUGAAAAUCCAACGCCUUUUGGAAAUACUAUGUUGAUGGGGAGAAAGAGAAAAUGUUGUAAAUGGGUCUGUUGAUGAAGGAAUGGAUCCUAUUUUUAUGUCAGUAGAAGUAAUAAAAAGCAUUUGUUUUGAGUGUUGUGAAUUGAGAAUAUGCAGAAUAUUCAGAUAUGAAACUGCUAUGUGCUCAGGUUCUGUAAGUGCGUAUAACCAAAGUCUGGUACAACAGCUCCUGCCCCAUUUGUGUGUAAAAUAUGUGUGUAGUUUCAAUAAAGCUUGAAUGUGGA